UAGACCACAGUGCAGCAAGCCCAGCCCCCCCUUCAAGAAGCUUGUUCCAGAGAGCCGCUGGAUCCAGAGGUGAUCUCAGGAGGCCACAACUUCAUCACCUUUGCAGGAAGCACAAAAAACAGAAGAUGGCACGUGUUGGACGACCCUCGCUUUCCCUGAUCCACACAGGAUUCCUGUUAGCGGUUGUUCUAUUACCAGAGUUUCUGGGGGCGGUUCCAGUGGAGCAGCACAAGGAGGAAGUGACUGCAGUGUCUCAUGAUGUGAAAGCCGAGGCCAUGGCCAACUUGAAGAGACUCGUGCGUAACAGGAGGAAUGUCCCCAUCUUUGCUGUGCCCCAGCUCAAACGCCUGCCGGACUUCUGGGGAUGGUACAAAUACUUCAUGGACACCCACAACCAGGAGGGAGUUGAGGAUCUGGAUCGUCUGUACAUGGCCUACCUGCAGAACAAGCACAGGUCAGAGGAGGGGCCAACCUUCAACCACUACCUCAAGCACCUCAGUGAAAUCUACAAAACCUGUGCCGAUUCCGAUGAUCCAGAGUGCAUUGCAGAGUCCACCAGCAAGCCAAAGGCUGCAGUGGUGAUGCCUGCCCCCAUCAAGUCCGCUGCCGCCAUGCUGUGCAACCCUUACAUUGACCCCUACUGCCUCUUCCCCCUCUUACCCAAGGCCGCAGCCCCAGAGCCUGAGCCAGCUCCAGCCAAGGUACCAGCUCCCAUCCUCACCCCCCUGCUGCCCAUGCCUCUGAAGAGCCCCACUGGCUUCUACUACUAUGCCCCUGUCCUGGAGCCCUUCCUGAGUGCCGAGCAGAAGGCUGAGCUGCUGAGGAUCUGCAACCAUGAAGAUGUGGAGUGUCUGCAGUACCACCUGAGGGCAGCAUAUGGCUACCGCCCAGCUCCUGGCCCAGCCCCAUCCUAUGCUGCCCUCAAAUGUGACCCCAAGGACCCCUACUGUAAGCCCAUCCUGGUCCAGAAGGCCCCCACCGGCUUCUACCACCUGCUCUACCCCAACUGUGACCCAGCAGUUGAUCCUCUGUGUGUGGCCAGCGUCGCUGCUCCUGCUCCCCUCUCUGCUGAGGAGGCUCCUAAAGAGCAACACUGCAACCCUCUGUUUGAUGCCGGCUGCAACCCCCUGACUGCCACCAAGCUGUCCGGCCUCACCAAGCCCGUCCUGGAGUACGCCCCCAGGGAUGAGCCUGCACCUCCUGCUGCUCCUCUGUCCUGCGACCCCCGCUCUGAUCCCUUCUGCAUACUGGCAGCCGCCGCUGCCCUACGCAAGCCCCCCCCACAGAUCCCCGAGCACCAGGUCCGCUACAAGCUCGGCGUCCGUGGCAAGACCAAGGAGGGCCACGACUGCUAUGUGCACUAUGACAAAGACUGCACCCCGGUGAAGCCUGGCUCUGAAGCCAAGGCUGACAUCAAGGCUCCAUCCAAGCCCCUCUGCCAUCCAUUUGACCCCAACUGCGGCAAAAUUGUCUCACCAUCCGCUGUUGAGGCCCCAAAACCCAGCAAGGAUGGCAUUAUCCUGCCUGACCCCGACUGCGACCCAGAGUACGACUACAACUGCCGCCUGCGUCGUGCUGAGCCCGCUGCUGCUGCUGAUGAUCCCGUCGCGGCUGAGGAGAAAGCCGCUGAUGAGCCUGCAAAGGACGCCGCCGCCCCACAGUCUCCAGUUCCUCGCUUUGAAGAUUUCCUCAGGGGCGUUAUGAGCCAGUACAAGUAGAUUUCAGAUGUAACAUGAUAACAGAAUUAACAGCUUCAUCUAGAUAAUAAUGGAAAAUGGGCCUAACAGAAGUCCCUAAGUUUGAUGGACUUCAUGGACCACAACCUUCUACAAGUCACCAGUUCAUUACAAACUUAUCCAAUCACUCAGAAAAUAUUGCAGCUUUUUUAAUCUGAAGGUUUUCCUAGUUUUGGUCUGUUUUUAUAAAGGGGGGACAAUUAAAAAGGGCCAAGCAACAUAGAACAUUAUGUGAAACUUGUGGACUAAAUACCUUGUGUUUGUAUGUUUGUAGAAAAGAGUCAUUUGUAUAGAUGUGUGAUAGAGUAGGGGUAGUUUGAUCAUUUGUCAGCAGGCAAGAAUUUCUCUCUGUUGUACAUUCUCUGUUUCCAUUUGAGUU